CGCCGCCCCUCCCCCCCGCCCCCCGCCGCCUGCGCAGCUCCGCCGCCUGCUCCCAUACUACCGCCGAUAUUGGAGUUCUUACACAUGGCAACAUGACACAAGACAGUCUGAACCGAUCAAGAUGAUGUUGAAGAAGUAGAAGAAGAGGAAACUGGUGAAGAAACAAAAAUCAAAGCACGUCAGCUAACUGUUCAGAUGAUGCAAAAUCCUCAGAUUCUUGCAGCCCUUCAAGAAAGACUUGAUGGUCUGGUAGAAACACCAACAGGAUACAUUGAAAGCCUGCCUAGGGUAGUUAAAAGACGAGUGAAUGCUCUCAAAAACCUGCAAGUUAAAUGUGCACAGAUAGAAGCCAAAUUCUAUGAGGAAGUUCACGAUCUUGAAAGGAAGUAUGCUGUUCUCUAUCAGCCUCUGUUUGAUAAGCGAUUUGAGAUUAUUAAUGCAAUUUAUGAACCUACGGAAGAAGAAUGUGAAUGGAAACCAGAUGAAGAAGAUGAGAUUUCGGAGGAGUUGAAAGAAAAGGCCAAGAUCGAAGAUGAGAAAAAGGAUGAAGAAAAAGAAGACCCCAAAGGAAUUCCUGAAUUUUGGUUAACUGUUUUUAAGAAUGUUGACUUGCUCAGUGAUAUGGUUCAGGAACAUGAUGAACCUAUUCUGAAACACUUGAAAGAUAUUAAAGUGAAGUUCUCAGAUGCUGGCCAGCCUAUGAGUUUUGUCUUAGAAUUUCACUUUGAACCCAAUGAAUAUUUUACAAAUGAAGUGCUGACAAAGACAUAUAGGAUGAGGUCAGAACCAGAUGAUUCUGAUCCCUUUUCUUUUGAUGGACCAGAAAUUAUGGGUUGUACAGGGUGCCAGAUAGAUUGGAAAAAAGGAAAGAAUGUCACUUUGAAAACCAUUAAGAAGAAGCAGAAACACAAGGGACGUGGGACAGUUCGUACUGUGACUAAAACAGUUUCCAAUGACUCUUUCUUUAAUUUUUUUGCCCCUCCUGAAGUUCCUGAGAGUGGAGAUCUGGAUGAUGAUGCUGAAGCUAUCCUUGCUGCAGACUUCGAAAUUGGUCACUUUUUACGUGAGCGUAUAAUCCCGAGAUCAGUGUUAUAUUUUACUGGAGAAGCUAUUGAAGAUGAUGAUGAUGAUUAUGAUGAAGAAGGUGAAGAAGCGGAUGAGGAAGGGGAAGAAGAAGGAGAUGAGGAAAAUGAUCCAGACUAUGACCCAAAGAAGGAUCAAAACCCAGCAGAGUGCAAGCAGCAGUGAAGCAGGAUGUAUGUGGCCUUGAGGAUAACCUGCACUGGUCUACCUUCUGCUUCCCUGAAAAGGAUGAAUUUACAUCAUUUGACAAGCCUAUUUUCAAGUUAUUUGUUGUUUGUUUGCUUGUUUCUGUUUUUGCAGCCUAAAAUAAAAAUUUCAAAUACAAUUUUA